UUUUCCUUAUCUAAAAUACAAUUUACUCUAAUUACAUGCUCAGUAGCUUCAGCCUGCAACUGUUCCCGUAUUUUAUUUGAUGGAGGCAGCAGCUACCAAUUAUUAAUUUGGACGCGUGCAUGAACUAUAGAGGAAAGAGCUGAUGUCAUUUAUCUUAACAAAUUCUUUUUUUUUAUUUACUAUUUUAGUUUCUGAAGUGAAACGAUGCUUAACCAAUUGUUCAUCAACACAUACUUGUCCAAAUUUUUUUUUUUUUAAAUAGUUUCUGGUUAGUUUGUUCUGGAAAAAUGUCAAGGUGUUUCACUUUUAGCUUCACAGAAGCGAUUAACUGGUUCCAUAGGUCCACUUUCACCAAACUGGGUCUCCGAUCCACCAUCACGGACCUCGAAGAUGGCACCGUAAUGCACUUCUGGGUUCCCAACUCCCCAUCUCACACCAAACCCAAUCUCCUACUCAUCCAUGGCUUAGGCGCCAGUGCAUUGUGGCAGUGGGGUGACGUUAUCCGUCACUUCACCCCUUAUUUCAACGUCUACGUCCCCGACUUAGUUUUCUUCGGCGAGUCGUUCACUACUCGGCCGGAGCGGACCGAGUCGUUCCAAGCACAAUGCGUGAUGCGGGUUAUGGAGGCCAAUUCGGUACAUAAGCUGAGCUUGGUUGGGCUUAGCUAUGGUGGAUUUAUUGGAUACAGUAUAGCGGCGCAGUACAAGGAGGCUGUGGAGAGGGUGGUGGUGUGUUGUUCUGGUAUUUGUAUGGAAGAGAAGGAUUUGAGGGAAGGGGUUUUUAGAGUUUCGGAUUUGGAGGAGGCUGCAAGUAUUUUGGUGCCAUUGAAACCAGAUAAGCUGAGAGAGUUGGUGGGUUAUACGUUUUUAAGGCCUCCUCCUGUGGGAUUGAUCCCCGAUUGCUUCUUCAUCGAUUUCAUUGACGCAAUGUGCAGAGAUUAUGUGGAAGAGAAAAAAGAAUUGAUCCGAGCUAUUCCUAAAGACAGAAAGCUUUCGAACAUUCCCAAGAUCACCCAGCCAACGUUGAUAGUCUGGGGCGAAAAUGAUCGAAUUUUUCCACUGGAAUUGGGUCACAGAUUAAAAAGGCAUUUGGGGGACAAUGCCCAUCUGGCAGUUAUCAAGAAUGCAGGGCACGCCUUCAAUGUAGAGAAGCCAAAGGAUUAUAUCAAGCUCUUGAAAUCAUUCCUAAUUGAUUUGCAACUUCCCCUAGAGACAGCCCAGCUUCAAAUUUUUUAAAACGGCAACUAUUCUACAGGUGAUAGACAAGUUAAGUGGAGCUUCCUGAAAGCGGUCUAACUUCUAUGGUAGACCAAUAGGGGUCAGAACCAAAAAGAAGGACUUCACAUUUUUAUUUGGCGCCCCCAUUAUUGUUCAUCUUUCGCCAGAAAGGCAUUUCCCAAUGACUUGGUAAAUCGGAUUACAAGCUUAUCGUGGUCCUACCAUGACACGUUGACACGUUUUCACAGUGCAUCGUUUAUGUACUUGAUUUCCAAUUAAUCUGCAGCACUGUACCAUGUAAAACAUGAUAUACACGCAUGUGCCGUCGUUUUCUAUGAUACAGACAUUACUAA